AUGGGCUCAACGGCCAAGGACUUCAAGGCGGAAGCCGUCUUCCCCAUCGCCAACCCACCUUUCAUCCAAUUCCCCAGCAGAAGAAGUGUUGUCCACAGCACCAAGGGAAUGGUGGCAUGCACACAGCCCUUGGCCGCAGAGGCAGGACAAAGGAUCCUGAAGAUGGGUGGGAAUGCCGCAGAUGCUGCCGUGGCCGUCGCCGCUGCAUUGAACAUGACCGAGCCCUCGUCGACCGGAAUAGGAGGAGACAUGUUUUGUCUAUACUUUGACGCCAAAACGAAAAAAGUGCAUGCGCUCAACGGCUCUGGAAGAAGUCCCAAGAACACCACGGUCGAACAGAUCAGAGGCGAACUGGGCCUGUCCGGCUCUGCGCGAGGCAAGAUCCCUACCCACAGUGCUCUCGCCGUCACGGUGCCCGGAGCGGCGGCUGGAUGGGUUGACACGGUGGAAAAGUUCGGCAGUGGCAACUUGAGCCUGGAACAGAUUCUAACGCCGGCCAUUGAACUGGGCGAGGAAGGGUUCCCUGUCAGCGAACUCAGUGCGAAAUUUUGGCAAUCUGGCGAAGAAGACUUGAAGCGAGCAUCGCCCAAUUUUCGAGAGAUGCUCAAGCGAGAUCCAAAAGCGUCGCAAUUCGUGCGGGCACCACGUGCUGGCGAGAUCCUUCGAAAUCCCAGCCUGGCAAAGACGUUUCGAACCCUGGCAGCAGAAGGCAAAAAAGGAUUCUACACGGGUCGGAUUGCUCAGGCGAUCGUGGACGUCCUGCAGUCCGCCGGAGGACACAUGGAGCUCUCUGACUUGGAAGACCAUAUGAAUCGAGGACCACAUGAGACGGAGCCGAUUUCGUUGAAAUUCCGCGGACAGAACAUCAGCAAUACCGCGCAAGAUAGAGUGACCAACGGCAGCUCGGAGGGCCAUUUCGUCGAGCUCUGGGAGCAUCCACCUAACGGCCAGGGGAUUGUGGCGUUGAUGGCGUUGGGAAUCUUGGAAGAGCUCGAGCGGACUAGGAAGAUCCCCACCUUCGCCCAAGAAGACCAUAACAGCGCCCCAUACCUACAUGCUGUGAUCGAGGCUCUGCGCAUCGCAUUCGCCGACGCCAGUUGGUGGGUGACGGAUCCGGACCACAGCCCGGUGAAAGCGGCCGAGUUGAUCUCGCGACCGUACCUCGCCGAACGAGCCAAGCUGUUCGACAAAGAUAAAGCCCAGAACCACGCCAGGGGUCAACCGGGACCAAGUCCGGCUCAAAAUCACAGCGAUACCGUCUACUUCGCCGUGACGGAUAAGGAGGGUAAUGGCAUGAGUUUCAUCAACUCCAACUAUGAAGGGUUUGGGUCGUGCAUUAUCCCACACGGCUGUGGAUUCACGCUGCAGAACCGUGGGUCAAACUUUGAACUGGGUCCUGACGACCAUCCCAACAUCUACAGGGGUGGAAAGAGACCUUACCAUACCAUCAUCCCGGGCAUGAUCACUCAUGGUGAAGAGGGUGAGCGAGCCCUGCAUUCUGUCUUUGGUGUCAUGGGCGGCUUUAUGCAGCCUCAAGGUCAUGUCCAGGUGCUGCUGAACAUGGAGGUCUUUGGUAUGAAUCCGCAACAGGCCCUGGAUGCGCCUAGGAUAUGUAUCGGUGCGGGAAUGCCGACUGAGGGAGAUACAAAGAUGGGCACUGUUUUCUUGGAGGAGGGUAUCGAUGAUGCUGUGGUUAAAGUGCUCAAGCAGAUGGGGCAUGAUGUUGAGGUCAUUAAGGGCUGGGAGAGAGGGAGAUUCGGGAGAGGUCAGGUUAUUAGGAGACAUGUCGAUCAAGAGACCGGUCUGGCUGUUUUUAGUGGUGGAAGUGAUUUGAGAGGUGAUGGUUGUGCGAUGCCUGCGUAG